UCUACCAAAGCAGAGCCUUCAAGACCACGAACAACAUGAAGGCAUUUAUAACAUUAUUGUGUAUCUGUGCUGUUGCGCACUCCGUUGAAGUCAAAGAAAAAUCGGUCGAGCAGGAGUCAAAGAAGCAGGAGAAACGCGGUUUGUUCCUCGGCGACCAUGGAUUUGGAGGAGGCGAUUUCGGAGGUGGCGACUACGGAGGUGGACAUGAUUUCGGUGGUGGCGGCGCCGACUACGGCGGUGGCGAUUUCGGUGGUGGUGGUGGCGGUUACGGCGGCGGACAUCAUGAAGACGUCAAAACGGUUGUCGUAGAAAAGAAAAUCCCAGUUCCAUACACAGUUACGAAACACGUUCCUUAUACGGUUGAGAAGAAAGUACCGUACGAAGUUAAGGUCCCGGUACCACAACCCUACACCGUUGAAAAGAAAGUACCAGUACCUGUGAAAGAAUACAUCAAAGUUCCAUACAUCGUUCCUCAACCCUACGAGGUGAUUAAGAAGGUACCUUAUGAAGUUAAAGUUCCAGUACCUAGGCCUUAUGAAGUUAAAGUACCAGUUCCACAACCCUACACUGUUGAAAAGAAAGUUCCAGUACCAGUUAAAGUGUUGAUACCACAACCGUACACCGUUGAAAAGAAAGUACCAUACCCAGUUAAAGUAGAAAUCCCGGUACCACAACCGUAUACUGUUGAGAAAAAAGUACCUUAUGAGGUAAAAGUACCUGUUGAUCGUCCAGUGCAUAUUUCGGUACCAAAACCAUAUCCAGUUACCGUUGAAAGGCACAUUCCAUACACUGUGCAUAAACCGGUACCAUAUGAAGUUAAGGUUCCAGUCGACAAACCAUACCCAGUUGAAGUACCUAAACCAGUACCUUACCACGUUAAAGUACCAGUACCUCAACCCUACACCGUUGAGAAGAAAGUUCCAGUAGAAGUACCCAAACCAGUACCUUACCCAGUCAAAGUACCAGUCGACAAACCAUACCCAGUCUACAAGGAAGUCCAUGUUCCUGUUGAAAAGGAAGUACCAGUGCCAGUCAAGGUACCAUACCCAGUGCCAGUUAAGGUCCAUCAUCAUCACGAGCACGAUUUUGGCGGCUACCACUAGUUUCAAUUUAAAACAAAAAGAAUAUCUGAGAAAAUGUCCUUGUUGUAUUAGAUAUUUUAUUAUUUUGUAUAAUAGUAAAUAGUAUUGUUAUUUAAUUUACCAAAUCGUCCCCUGAACGAUGUUUCUCUCUGUCUAUAACCCUUUGUUGUAUACGACUCGGAACCUCUCGUCCCCUUGUGCUGCUUCAAUUGCAACCACGCAUCAUCUUUGAAAUUGAACAGAUAAUUGACAACGUUUGCAAUAAUUUUGUCCAUCAACACACUUCAUCUUUGCGUAAUCGCCGAAGGAAAGCGCCCUAUAUUUUGUGAUCUGUUAUCAUUUUUAUAAUAAAAAUGUCUUCUUAUAA